AUGGUUCAGUGGAUAAUGGAAUAUGUAACUACAGUGAGCUAUUCUCUGCUGAUCAAUGGUGGACUCACUAGUAGAUUUCAAGCCAGGAAGGGACUGCGACAAAGGGAACCAAUGUCCCCUUAUCUGUUGGUACUAGUAAUGGAGUAUUUGAAUAGAACAUUAAAGACUCUUAAGGAUAUACCUGAAUUCAACUUCCACCCAAGAUGUGCAAAGCUAAACCUGAAUUCAACUUCCACCCUAGAUGAUUUGAUAAUGUGCUGCAGAGCUGACAAGAUUUCCAUUCAACUAUUGCUUGAUAAGCUUAACCAUUUCUCGAAGGUGUCUGGGCUUAUGGCAAAUUUGGACAAGAGUUCUAUCUGCGUGCAGGAGUAUCUCAGGGAUUCAAAGAUAUGA